AGAUUAUUACUGCGGGACAAGUUUGUACGGAACUAAACGCCACAGUUAGCUAUUAAUUUGCUCUUAAAAUAUGUUUCUUUAGAGCACGUAUGUAUAAAUUCAGAUAAUUUGAAAGAAAAAGAUUUAAUUAUUUGAAGAAAUCUGUGGGAAAAAUAAGUACUUGCAGUAGAAUUUAUGUUAAAAGUUGGAACCGGUGUAACGAGGAUUUGUGUCGAAUAGACGAAAGAUGAUCUAAGACCAAAAAUUGAUUUCAAUUGAUUUGUCAUCACAGAAGGCAAAGCAGAUGCCCUCUUAUGCCUUUCUGGAUUGUUUGGAGCAUUAUUUACUGACAGGAAAGUUUCAAGUAAAUACAUCAAAAAGCUGGAAAAAGCUUCUCUCUAAAGAUAGCAAAAAGUUUACAUACAAAGAUGGCUGUUUGUGGCGGUCUUAUCGAGGCCGCCUCCUCCGUGUCGUUAGGAGUGACGAAGAAAUACGUGAGAUCCUGAUACAAUACCACAAUAACAACAACCAUGCGCGCCGGGAACGGGCAGUAAGGGAAAUAAUGCUGAUGUAUUACUGGGUUGGAGUGACUGCGGCCGUGAAGAACUGGAUAAAGGCUUGUGACGUUUGCCAGAAUCAACCUACUAAAGAGCUAGCUAAUCUGCGCGUCCAGUUUUGCCUGGUUUAUGGUUGUGAUUCUUCCAGUUACAUACACCCUGAGACCACCUUCCACAGGUUUCCAAAGGACCCCGAGCAGCGGCAGAAAUGGCUGACAGUUGCGCAGAGGGAUGAAGGCUCGCUGCGCUCAAACUCCUACAUCUGCUCCCGACACUUUGACCCAUCCUGCUAUACCCUGAAUGAGGACGGUCAGCCGACACUAUCAUCAGAUGCUGUACCCAGCAUCAUGCCCGAUGAGGAGGUGCCCAUUCCUUCAGAUGAGGAAGUCCUGCUUUCCAACACGCUGGAAGACCUCAUCUCUGCAGCUGCUGCUAAUACCGAAACCGAAACGCCCCCUCAUCCAGCCACUGAUCAGUCGGAAACCCCUAUGGAGCUGCAGGAACACCAGUACUGCUCGUCAGCUCCAGACUCCACCGCAGUCCAGACAGUGAAGGAGCACACAAGGAGGAAGACUGUCAUUGAGCCAACUUUCACCACGUACAACCAUGUCGUCAGAUAUCUGAGCCACAGGAUUUUACCAACGCAAAGCAAGAAAAAUAGAAGUGCCUUAAAAAGGAUGGCCAAGCGCUUUGGCCUAAUAGAUGGAGUGCUGAUGUACACACGGGCUUCUCGACCUCUCAGCGUGCCACGCAGCAGAGAGGAGGUAAACUCAAUCCUGCGAGAGUUUCAUGACAGCAAGGGCCACUAUGGUCAGGGGGUCUGCCAGCAAGAAAUUUCAAAGCACUUCCACUGGGGCAGCAUGACUCGAGACCUGGCUAGUUGGAUCGCCAACUGCCAAACCUGCCUUAACAGAACCAAGAGGAAGUGGAUGCGCUGCAGUGUUCUUGGGUGCACAAACUGUUGUGGACCAGUAGAGAGACGCCUGGGCCUCACCUUCCACAAGUUUCCUCUUCACAAUGCAACUCUGUUGGCAAAGUGGUUGAAGGCUACCGGCCGUCCAAACUGGCAUCCUCGGCUCCGGUCUUCCAUUUGUUCGAUACAUUUCACUGACGACUGUUUCAGCCAUAGUGGGGAGGUCAUCACCCUAAAUCCAGAUGCUGUGCCUGCACUCUCGGUCCACACGGACUCCGCAGUCCCAUCCAGAGGGGCGAGCCAGUCUGCGGUGGGGGAGGAGCAGGCCAUUUUUGCCAAGUACGAUGCUGUGGAGCUCUACCUUACCAAACGCACUUACCCACCUGGACUGAACUAUGUAGAAAAGAACACCUUUAGGAGGUUCUGCAAGAAGUUUGCCAUUAAAGACGGUGUUCUUCAUACGGUGAAGGGAGACCAAAUGCGUUUGGUUCUGAGGAACAGGCAGCAGGUUGAAACCGCGCUGGUGGACUAUCACAACGAGCUCAACCACCUCGACGUCAACAAGUGUCUCAGACUGCUGAAUGAGAGAUACUUCUGGAGAACCAUGAGGCCUGAUGUUGUGCAGUGGAUCAACAACUGCUCUCAGUGCAGCAUGAAGAAGACGAAGAAACCGAAUCACCAAGCAGAGGCGAGAGGUUUAGCGGUUCAGACAUCAGCUCAACUACAGGAACUGACAUCUCACGACUUAGACAGUGCGAAUGAUGAGGAUACUGAUAGUGAUGGUGAUGCAGAGGAGCAGCUGACAGUGAAUUCCAAGGACACAGUGGAUGAACCUUCUUCCAGUUUGUCCUCCCAGACUGAAAUUCACGAUAAUCCUCAGCCCAAAAUUCCCAUCCUCCUUCACCUGAAAAAUCCCAUCAACUUACAGCCCAGGUCUCCCAAAAUCCCCUCUGUCACAAAGCUCUUGUCUAUGAAGAGAAUGACUUCUUCGCAUUUUGAAAUACAUAAGGAUCCUGAAAGCUCUAAGAAGCAAAAAAGGAUAGAGAAUCCGAUAAAUCCCCAGCCAGAGAAGCCUGCGCAGCCUCAAGAACAGGAAAAAACAAGUAGCCCUCUGGGCAACAAUGGGACACAACACUGCAUCCAAGCACAGCUUGUUUUAGAGCAGCAUGCUCCACUGCAGCACAUUCAGGCUCCAAGUCAAAAAAGUCCUCCAGAGGCACAUCUGUCAACACAAAUCCAAAGUCAUUGCAGUGUCCAGCGCACAGUGAAGAAGAAAAGAGGCCCAGAGGCAGAUUCUUCAGCUAAAUGGAGCUCUAGCAGUGGUCUGGAGCCUGUGAUGGCCCUGAGCACCAAACCCUGGCCUGUCUUUACCAUCGGUAGCUCUGCUGUGGAAAAAACUGCAAAACCCUCGCCUAAUGCUGACAGCUCAGCUGUUUUUUAUAGGCCCAUCAGGCUUCAGGCCCGAACUGUCAUUCAGCAGUGUAGUCACGCAAAGAUUAAGCUCAAACCUGCUGUGGAUGGAGCAGAUGCUCAGUGGGCAGAGAUUCAGCAGGGAUUGGUUGUCUAUGUGUGUUUCUUUCAUGGAGCCACUGAAGAUGUGACAAAUGAGAUGGCCAACACUCUGAUGACUACCAGGCUUUUCCGGAAACAUUCCGGGCAUUGUGUGUCCCUCCUGGAUCUUCCUGGAAGUAUUUUAUUUGUCCCCCAAGACUCCCUGCUUGGGAAGCCAGCACCCAACAGAAGGAUGCAGUACAAGGGUGGAUGUGAGCUGUGGUGGGGUGCUCAGCUCUUCUCAAGUCUGGUCUCCGCCUGCAGAGAACUCAUGACAGGUUCAGCGAAGUGCACAAAUGCAGGUGUAAAGGUAGAACAUGGACUCUAUGGACGGAAACAAGAAAUCGCCCUGAACUCUGUGGAGCCGCAAUCUGUGCUCCUGGAGUUCUGAGGUACAUCUUAA